AUGACACAUAUGACAUACGUCACAAGACAUGAUACAAAAACUCAGCCGCUCGCGAAACUCUCGGAGAACGUACAAGACACGUCUGAACACAUCCAGAGACGAGGCGAAACUGACGACGGCUCAAGGUCUAGCCGUCUAACUGCCGUCGGUCCGCCGUUCCACGUGACGGAGAAGAGCGAAUCGGCUUGCGGAGCGCAGCCUGGCUCACUCUUCUCCGUCGUCACGUGCCUCCCCUUAGUGGCUUACGACCACGUUUUGAGAGGAAGGACAUCAACACUGGCAUCGUCAGUGCACGGCCACCGCGCGUGGGAAGAAAUAGAAGGAGAUGGCCCUGAGGUAGAAGAAGAAGAAGGAGAAGGUUCCAUGGAGGCAGCGGUGCCAUACCCGGUACCAUCCGACACUGACGCAUCUUACCUCCAGAGCGCGUCCUGGACAAGCGAGUACAGGGCCUGCAUCGUCUGCGCAAUUUUUAUCGUUGUGUCUGGUGCAAUCGUCUUUUCGCUAGGUACUUAUCGCAUCUUCGGCAAGCCGUUUGAACCUCAGCGUCGCGCAUUCCGGAACGGCAGCAACGCAGACAAUACUGGUGAUGGAAAGGAUUCAUCAUCGACGUGCCGCGAUAGGGAGUGCCAGGAUCUUGCAAGGUACAUCGAGAAGUCUCUCUUGGACGCCGACCCCUGCGACAACUUCUAUGACUUCGUCUGCUCCAACUGGAGUUAUCAGGCAAGUCCCAAGCUCGAUGAUCUCGCUGUCAUAUCCGAAGACGUUCUGAGGGCCUUAGACCUCGAGGAAGUCCUUCUGAAAGAACUACAGUCUGGAACAGAAGACGUCACCCUGUCACCCUUCUUCGACAUCUGGAAGUGGUGCCGCGACCUGUACACAGCACACGGCGAAUCAAUAGAACCUUUUCUCAAGAUACUCUAUGCCACUGGGUUGUCCCAGUUUCCGUUACCUUCCGAUGGCGGCCGCCUGUCAUCCGUCGCAGGAAAAGUGUUCCGCAUCACAGGCCUUGCCCCUUUAGUGAAGAUUUCUCUAGAUCCAGUCGACAAAGUGAUCCAACUGGACCGCCCAGAUACUCUAUUCCCGGACUUUGUCCAGGUAUCCAACAGUCACCGGUCAUGGUACAUCGAAUCUGUCAGAAGAGCAGCCCGACAGGAUUACCGAGAACUGUUCAACUUCGAGCAGGACUUAGUGGUGGCCAUGAACGGGCCUGCCCCUGACGAGAACUACACCACUCUUCCCUUGUUUAAGCUACACGAUGCACAAGAUUGGAGCUGGGAACAGUUCCUGAAGAACGCGCUCGAAGAAAUUUUACCUGUGACACGUAUAACAAGUGUAAAGUUUCAACCGAAGCACUUCGAGAGUAGGUUCCUGAAACUUCUGAACAACUACAAGAGCGAAGACGUGCUGAACUAUCUUGGUUUCAGGGUGUACCUCUCUUAUGCACCUUUGCUACCGGGAAAACGAUUUUGGCAAAUGAUACAUCCAGCCAUAGCACGACGCCCAGGCUGGGAAUGGAACCGAAAUAAAAAAGACCGGAAUUCAGCUUGUGCGCGAGCAAUUUCAAGGGCAGAUCCUGCACUGGCCAGCGCAAUCAUCCUGCGCCGCCUGAAAAAUGACCAUGCUGAGCCCAUCCUGCGCAGCAUGCUUGAACACAGCAAGAGAGAAGUCCUACAGUACCUCGGCGAAAUGGCUUGGGUAACUUCACUUUUCCUCGACAAACUGGGCAGGAAGUACCGCAAAAUAAGACCAGCCUUCUUCGUACCUUCCGAGUGGCGGAAGUAUGACUUCCGGCUAGAUCAGUGCCGCUUCUUCCGGUGUGACACAACAGAACUUCCUCUCUUGGAAGUUUUCCAGAAGAUCGUUGCCCAAAGGCAGAAAAGACGCUUCCAGAACCUGAAGAAACCCUUCCCAGAUUACCCGUCCGAUGUCUUGCAGACGGAAUGCAGUCUCGAAGGAAACCUGGUCUUCGUCCCUCUUGGUGCAAUCAACCUUCAAUUCCAUCAGGACGCGUUCUGGAAGUACCAUCUUCCGAGAAUGCUGGUUUCAUUUAGCGAAGUUCUCAUCGACGUUUUCCGACGUACAGUGACAGAAGUUCAGAAGCGGUACGCAGACCUGCAUGGAAGGUUCACGGUUACCGGAGAGUGUCUGCGACGGCAGCACUCUGGAAUGGUCGAGCAGGUACCAAUACCGCUGUCAUCCAACGCAACGUCGAAAGCGGACCUGCUAGACUUCAUGGCAGUGCAGGCUGCCUUUAGGACGUACAAAAAGUUCGCUGCGUCGGAUGUGGAAGGGACAUUGCCAGGCCUUGUCUUCAACAGUGCACAGCUCUUCUUUAUACACUUUGCAUUGAGUCGUUGCGAGAAAUACAAUUCCAGCUACGAAGAGCAGUUACUAAGACACGGCCUCAAGGGUCCAGCAGCAUACAGGGUGAACGGACCGCUCAGGAACAUCAAUGAGUUUUCGCAGGUCUUUCAUUGUCCGCCACAAACAUACAUGAAUCCAAAGAAGAAAUGCAUAUUCUAACUGACCAAAUAUUAAACAUUGAGUAUUUUUGAAGGACCAA